UAUGGCUGUCUUUACACGUGUCAUUUUCGUUUUAAAACUUUUCUUUAUUUAUCUGCUAAUAUUUGCAAUCGGCAGCCAAGAAGACAGAGAUCUUGACAGGAUUUCGCUGCACGAUAUUGAGCAAAUCACACGAAGGAGCUGUGUUUUAGCAGGAUUGCCGUUUGCAGAGAGUUUGAACGACCACUUUUUAAAUGUCCUUAGAAAGUUGCAAUUUUCGGCAUUUAAAUCUGAGCCGAAUGUAAGAAUUGCUUUACUUAAACAAGAGAAAGACUUGUUGAAAGCUAUCAAAUGGGAUGGCGGCGAUUUACCAAGCUUGUACAACGACUCGAUCGUAUUUUUUCCGAAGAUCAAGCCAGACAGAGUCUGUCUCACACCAAAGCCAAAACUGGUACUAACAGCAGAGGUUUGGAAGGAUAAUGUGGAUGCCCAGUUAUUGCUAUUGUAUCUGAACUCAAAGUGUGAAACCUUUCAAAUGCUUGAUGGAAGCCUCUCUGUGCAAGGAAAAAGACGUCAAGAUAUUUUGACAAACCUGUAUCACCUGCCAAGAGUUCCGUACCCUGCUGUUGCCGCAGAAUGUGAAAGGAUUGCUAUGCCAAGCAGGGAGGAAUUCAUCCACAAAUAUCUGUUCAGAUCUAAACCUGUUAUAAUUGAAGGUGCUCUCCAAAAGUGGACAGCUCUCAAAAAGUGGACAAACAUUUUUCUUGAGUCAAAAUUCGGCAAAAACAUGGUCCACAUCAAAAUGACUUCGGACGGCAUUUUCGAAGGCUGCGACAAGGCAAAGCACUUCUCCAAUUUUAAAACAUUUCAUGCUCCUGACUUUGUUUCAAAACAACUGCCAUUUCCUGAGCUGGUCGUUGUCCGACCUGCAACAAUGAAUUUAAAUUUUUCGUCCUUCAUGGAUAUGAUUCGCCGGCCACCAAAAACAAACAUGUCCGCAUACCUGGAGUAUUCCUCGAUUCCUGAUCAUAUGCCAGAGUUGGAACAGGAUAUUGCAGAGUUUGAUUUUGUAAAAAACAUUUUGACAAGAAGACAUCUUAAUAUCUGGUUGAGCAAUGGGAACACACUUGGGAAAUUGCACUUUGAUCCUUAUGAAAAUUUUCUGUGCCAGAUUAGCGGCUCGAAACAGGUGACCCUAUUCGAACCACACAAGAAUGAGGAGCUCUACGAAGGACAUAUACAAGAGGCCAUUUUGGCAUACGAUGAACGGUCUAAGAAAUUUUCCAAGAAAAAAUUACUAGAUAGCACUUCCAUGGUGAUGUCUCCUAUAGAUAUUCUUAGACCAGACUAUAAACAUUUCCCAAAAUUCAGAGAAGUUCCUGGAAUGAAAUGUACCAUUCGCGAAGGGGAUGUUCUUUAUAUGCCAUCAUUCUGGUGGCACGAAGUGCAGUCGAAGCCCAGCGAGGAAAAACGAAACUUGGCCGUCAAUUUUUGGUAUGAGCCGUUUCUUACGAAGGAAUUCCCGUGUGCUGAAUGCCCAAUGAACAUCAACCCACACUACUUUUAUAAUUUACUGUAAUCUCAUAGACUUUACAUAGAUCUAGGAAUAGAGUAUGAAAUUAUUUAAAUAGAGCCAGUUUGCAUGGGACCGAAAAAGGUUUCCUCCUGUAGUAACACUGGAUCAAUAAGAGAUGA